GCAAAGACAGCUUCCGCUGAAAACAAGCAGAAGAGCGAGAACUUCCAAAGGGUUACCUUUUCCCCAUGUACUGAACUACAGGCAGCUUUACCUUAAGUGUGUUUAUAUCUCCCGAUAAACACAAGUAAAUAAUUGUCAGAAAGGUUUGAAAGUCAUGUUAAAUGUUAAAGGUAUGGCAUUUUGCAGACGUCACAGUCCUCAGACCGGCGAUUAAAUCUGCAUUUGUGUACAGUGACGGCAAUGUUAGCCUUGGAUUUAACUCAGGGCAAAGAAAGCAAUCAUCACAUUGGGUCCAAUGUUGCUCACAAACUAGCAAGGUAGCUUUCAUACAGUCCACCUGACGACAGCUAAUUGAAGAAAGUAGCACAUGAGGGACAGCAGCACCUUUUCAUUGGACUGAAAUGAACAACACUACUCCAAAGACAGUGGGUCUUGACCCCGUCGUGCUGAGAGACCAACUCUUCAUGCUAUGGAACCAGAAAAAUCUGCAGACGCUACAUUUGGCGGCCCUCCAGGGAUUUUCAAAGCUGUCUGAGCCUCUGGAGGCUUUACUAACAAUCCUGGAGGGCUGUCCAGGCAGACAGAAGGGCCGCAGUCACACCCUCGGACACCACGUCCUCUUCGAGUUCCAGACAUGGAUGAAGGAACUUCCUCAGUUGACGCUGAGCUCACUGUCAGAGCAGCAAGCUUUGGCGCUUCAACGUCGUGCUCUGAACUUACUGAUAGAUACCCAGGCCAGCUUUGUAGACGGCCUCAUAAACAUCUACCUGCUGAAUUCCCUGGACCCAGCCAUACUCGUAAUGUACAUUAUGAAUUUGAUGUCUCUUCGCUGCUACAAAGAGGCUGCAGUGCUUAGUGUAAAGCUGAAAUUACAGAAAGAUCUGAAUAUGGAGGAGAUGUGUGUACCACUGAUCUUGCAGAAUAAGUUGCCUUUGGCAGAGUCCUUCGUCACUGGCCACUAUCAUCUGGAACAACAGCUGGUCACACUGCUGGACUCCUGGUGCCACCCUUACUUCAGUGUGGACGAGAUAAGCAGGCGCUACCCUCGCCUUUCUCUGACCAAACAGUGCAUGAGCCAGAUCCAGCCCAAAUUGCUCGCCAAACAUGUCUUCAGACUCAUGGAGAAAUUCAACAUCGACCAAGGACUGUGUCCCAAUGCUCUGCACAAGAGGAGGCUGGACUCUUUACGUUUCCUCAUGUACAAAACAUUCGUGGAGAAAGGCAUGACGGAGGAGAUCUGGAGUGACCAUGUGCAGUACGUCGUGGCAGAUGACCUUGAGCUGAGGAUAUCAUUGGUGGAGUUGUUAGUGAGGUACUCUGAUAUUCAGAAAGCCGCUCAGUGGGCACUGCGAUACAACAUCCCCAGGAACAGACUGCCCUGUGGGGUCUGGGAGACGCAGCAGGAUCUACCGCCUGAUCUACAACAUAUUGGUGGUUCAGCACAAACUGAGGACUGGAUACCGUCUCAGUCUCACUGUCAGAAGUUCUACCAGGUGCCGCUUACCAAAGACAAGGUUCAUUUCGUGUACUCGCCUGAAGCUCUUCAGAGAUGUCGAAACAUUGUGCUGAAGGAGGGUGGUGUGGUAGGAGUUGACAUGGAGUGGCAGCCCACCUUUGGCUGUAUCUCCACUCAGAGAGUGGCCCUGAUACAGCUUGCAGCUUUGGAUCAGGUUUUCUUAUUAGACCUUUGUGUAGCUGGAUUCUGUCAACACCCUGGGACUGUUAGUUUCAUCAGGAGCUUGUUCUCUGACAGGAGCAUCAUCAAACUGGGUUAUGGUAUGUCAGGAGAUAUCAAGUGUCUCCUGGCCACUUGGCAGCAGCUUUUAGAGGAGCCAUUAAAGAUGGAGGGGGUGCUUGAUCUUCUUAAAAUACACCCAAAGAUCCAGCGUCAAAAGAUCAACAGGCCUCAGAAUGGACCCAAAGAGUUGCUGGUAGGAGAGGGCUCCUCAGAGAAAGGCCUCAGUCUGCUGGUACAACAGGUCCUCAAAAAGCCCCUGGACAAGACCGAGCAGAUGUCCAACUGGGAGAAACGGCCACUGCGCAUCAGCCAAAUUAGAUAUGCAGUGGCAGAUGCCUGCUGUUUGCUGGAGGUGUACUCAGUCCUAUCCGGCAAUCCAGAUCAAUUUGGGCUACCCUCGGACCUGCGCAGCAUCAUGUCCCGCCAAUCAGAGAAGAGAGGAGACAAAAAGAAGAAAGAGGAAAAGUCCUGUGACAAAGAGGAAUGUCAGGGGGCUCAAAGGGUCAGCCCCCCUCGCUCCGACACAGAGAAAGGCCUCCUGUGUGGCGAGAAGCCUUCUGAAGACGCCCCCCCUCUGCCCCCCCAGCACUUGCGGGUGGUGUGUGACAACAUGCUGCAGGGACUCGGGAGGUACCUGCGCUGCCUGGGAGUCGAUGUGAUCAUGUUGGAGAACACUGAUGAUCACAGAGUGGCAGCAAAGUUAGCACAAGCUGAAGGCCGAUUCAUUCUUACGUGUGGACAACCGUAUCAAACUCUGCGGUCCCAGGUAGGAGAGGGUCGCUGUCUGUCCCUGGACUGUGCCGAAAAGGCCCGAGACCAGGCCGCUCGAGUCCUCCGACACUUCAAUGUGCAGCUCAAGCCCUGCGACAUCUUCAGCCGCUGCCAGGCAUGUAACAGUGAUCAGUACGCGGCGGUGCCCAGGAAGGACAUGGUCAGGAUGCUGAAACAGAAAGGAUUCCUGCAGGGCGACAGCGACCACACACACCAGCAGGAAGAGGGGAAGCUCGAUGACUUCCCGACCCCCGGUGUGACCCCUGAAAUCCCCAGGUAUGUUGAGUGUCAAUGGGCGCCCCUCUCAGAGCUGGACCCCGACACCCUGACCUUUCCCGGGGGGGCACCCAUACAGCUCCACACCGUGCCCCCUGCUCUCCUGCGGAGGAUAUCGCUCUUCUAUGUCUGCACCAGAUGUGGCAAGGUGUUCUGGGAGGGCACUCACUAUGGCCGCGUCCUCUCCAUGUUUCAGGACAUCUUGCACAUAACAGACACUGAAGCCGAGGCGCAGCAGCACUGACUGAUGUUGCGCUUUACCGGACCCUCAAAGACAGCCAAAAUAAUAUUCACUCAAUUAGAUCCUAGCGUCCGUGAAGUGUCACCGAAUUGCCUCGUAUAUAUUAGCUUUCCCCUUUGUAAUUGACUUGAUAAAAGUUAUAAAAGAGACUGAAUGUCCUUUGUGUUUCUACGGUUUUAAACCUAUUGCGUUUCAAUGAACCAAAGACGCGUAACGCUGCGUUUGUGUUUGACUUUUGUUGUUGUUUACUCUUCUGCUCAAUUUGUCAGGAUUUAUGUUAUAGGAAGUAUAGAGAUUAUUUGUGAAUUUGUUCCUCUUGAGUUUUCCCUCGCUUGAGAAUUAUAUCUUAAAACUACAACGCGGUACAUUAAGUUUGCAUUGUUUAAACAUUUUUAAACUUUUUAAUUUUCUUUUAUGUUAAAGCUGCAGAUACAUUUUUACAGGACUCUGUUCUUUGGCCUUUUAAGCAGCCUGUCGUACUGUACAUUUUUAUUUUCCUGUAAAUUCAUCUGUAUGCUAAAUAUGUCAAUAAAGAGCUUUCAUUUCUUUUAUUAA